AUGGCAUUCAGCAGAGUACUGCUGGGCUUCCUAGGCCUAUUCUUCACGGCCGGAGCUCUGCUACUAAUGUUCCUGACCCUGCUGGGAGGAGCACGGAACUCGGUUCCCUUGAACGAAAUCUACUUCCUUCAAGUCGACACAAGCAACAUCCCCGGCGCACCAGCUCUAUCCCGGUGGACAUUCUGGAACAUUUGCGCCGUCGGUUCCAAUGGAAAGAGUGAUUGCGGAAGCUCCUAUCCCGACUUCCCCUUCGACCCUCCGAGCCCCCGUAACUUCGACACAACAACCAACAUACCUGCAGCCUUCAUCGGUACAAACCACUACUUCCUGACCUCCAGGUUCACAUUUCCAUUCCUAAUCAUCGCGCUUUUCUUCGGCGUCGUAUCUCUCUUCACCGGAUUCCUGGCCAUGUGCACCCGUAUCGGCAGCUACAUCUCUUCCCUGAUGGCAUGGAUCGCCUUGAUUUUCCAAAUCAUUACUACUUGCCUGAUGACCGCCGUCUUUGUACAGGGUCGUAACAAGUUCAACGGCAACGGCCAAAGGGCCAGCCUGGGCGCCAAGUCAUUCGGUUUCAUGUGGACGUCCGUAGCCUGUCUUCUUAUUGCCUGCGUUCUGUACUGCCUCGGCGGGUCCGUCGGCGGCAAAGAGUCCGGAUACAGCGGUCGCGAGCACCGUCGUCGCGGUUUCUUCACUUCCCAACGGUCCACCAGCGUCCAGAGCAACAAGGAGGCCAACCCAUGA